AAGUAGGGGGGAGGGGGGCCGGGAGAAGGAAGAACCGGCGCCUAUCGACGAUGGGGGGGUUGCUAUGGAAACGCGAGCGCUGUCGUAAGGCAGGGGCCGGGCCGGUCGCGAAAAGGAGGCUCGUUCCCGACCGCCGAGAAGGUUGUCAUUGUUAGCCGCGUCGGCGGUGCCUCCGAGAGCUCGGCUCCCUUCUCCUGUCUUUCGCCAUGGCGGCGGCCCUGGCCCGGAAAGCCGCGGACUAUGUGCGCAGCAAGGAGUUCAGGGAUUACCUCAUGAGUACGCACUUCUGGGGACCUGUUGCCAACUGGGGACUUCCCAUUGCUGCCAUCAAUGAUAUGAAGAAAUCACCAGAAAUCAUCAGUGGCCGAAUGACAUUUGCACUUUCUUGCUAUUCUUUGACUUUUAUGAGGUUUGCAUAUAAGGUACAACCCAGGAACUGGUUGUUGUUUGCUUGUCACUUCACUAAUGAAUUUGCACAACUUAUUCAAGGAGGAAGGUUGAUCAAACAUAAUAUGAAAAAAAAAUAAUUUAAUAUUUGAUUCAUGGAGGAAAAAUUGAAAAGGUGCUCUUCAGUGAAUAUAAACAAGGAAGGACUUUGCCAUCAUUUUUUUGCAUCACCACCAUCAUGGAAAUAUUCAUACUAGCACUCAGUAUCAUUUGUUAACUGUUUUAGCUUCCCUUAUACAAAGUACCGCACAGCUGUUCAAAAAUUAGAUUGCUUUCCUGCCUUAAAAGAUUUUUUUAAUAUUUACAAAAUUAUUCAACUCAAAUAUCUACCAACUUUUCUGAAAUAAAAAAACUAAUUUAAAAAAAACAAGAAAAUGCAUAAUUGAUUAAUAAAAUGUGAUUUUGAAACUGAAUGUUGGUUAUUUUGCAGUCACAUGUACAAAUGUAUUGAAAUUGUGAUUCUGCCUCCUUAAGUGCAUUGGAGCAAAGUAAAAUAUUCAAGAGCAACAUUCUUUAAAAAUUACAAAGUCAAGAUUUGUUAUUGAUUCUCCAUAUAAGCAAUUGAAAAUGGAUUCCUCAUUUAACUCUUGUGAGGCUAACAAUUUAAAUAUGUUAUGUCUGCUAAUGUUUAUAUUUGACACUUGUUACUAAAGUUAUUUUACCAAGAAAUAAAAUUGGCAAUUUAUGAGCAGAUUCCAACAAACUCUAUCCUGAUUCAUACUUACUGUAUAUUUUACAUCAGAAUACAAAAUUGACAGCUUAAUUUUGUAAACCCCAAUUACAUGGUUUGGUAAAAUAUACCAUCUUAUAUUUGUAUGUAAGCAUUCUGCAAAUGAUACAUUCAGUGCCCAGAUGUUUUAUAAGCACACGUACGUGUAAGCAAAGGUACAGUGCUACAUCCCAUUGGGGUGCAAGUAGCAUCUCCCUUAAAAGCCCAGUUGAACUCUUGUUUGUAACAAAAUAAGUAGUAUGGUUCUAUUUUUGCAUUCAUAUGCAGAUGCCAUAUUAUGAACACCAAAAAAGUCUGCAUAUAGGAGUGAAUACUUUUGAAAGAUUAUUGGUUAAAAUUUGACUUUUUUGUGAUUUUUAUCAACAAUUGUAAUGAACUAUAUAUACAUUGUCUUUGAUAACGUUAUUUUAUUUCAAAAACUUUGGGGCAGUAAACCUUCCCUAUGGGGAGAAAUUACAACAUGAAUGUUCUAAUGGCAAUAAACCACUUUGAAAC